AGUGCAGGCUGCAGACCCGGAGGCCAGCUGGGGGGCUUUGCAGUGAACCAGCCCAGGUAGCCAACAGCAUGGAUCUGCUGAGAAGGCAGAUAACAGCAGUAAAACAACAGCAGAAACAGGCCACGGACAGAGGCCCAAGUAGAGCACGUACACUGAGAAAACUCCAGGAAAGCCAAAAGCAUGGAGGUCAGAGCUGUUAUUAUCCCCACUCUACAGUGGAGGCUGAGGCAAAGUGGGUUAUGAAACUUGCCCAAAGCCUUGGAGCUGGCAACUGGCAGAGCUGGAAUUUGAACUUGAAUAGUUUGACUCCACCACCCCAGAAGGGUGCAGAAUUCUCAAAAGGCAUCCCAAGGGUCAGACCUAAGGCAACCAUGAAUCUAAUACAUCGUGUUAGUCCAGUUCACAAGCCACUUUGGCUCCAUGACUCCAUCGGUCCUCACAACUACCUCAUGAGGGUUGUCUUGUGUGAUUCUUCACCCCAUUCUCCCAGAGAGGAUACCAACCAUCAGAGAGAAUCUGAGCUGGAGCUGGAUGACAAAUACGGUCCUCUGCCCCCUCAGCCAUGGACCUGGGGGAUGACCUCUCCUUUGCCAGAGGAGGAUGGGAGCUGGUGGAUGCUGAGACUGACAGUGGAUCCACCCAGGCUCCACGGUUGCUCCCGGCUCCAGCCUCCCGCUGGCCUCUUCCACGGCUCUCUGCAUCUGAAGAUGCACCGCAUCCGGAUGCGAGUCUUCAAAUUGAGUCCAUUGGCCCACAGCCGGCUUCCAGAAGCUAAAGCUCAGACACCACUGGCCCCCUCCCCAGAUGCCGCCAAGUGCCUGGAAACGGUUCUGCAAACCCUCGUGGAAACUUUCUGUGCGGCUGGCCCUGUGCUUGGUGCUGUGGGAGCACAAAGGCAAGAGAUCACGGCGCCUGACUUCCAGGAGCCUCCAUCCUGCAGGCCCAAGGCAGCAGCCGGCUCGCCCGCGCAGGGGGUCCCUGAUGAGUCACGCGCAGCGGCUCGGCCCGGAGGUGCCCUCGCCUGCCGGCCGCCCACCCGCUCCCCGCCGAUUGGCCGGGCCGCAUUCCUGCGCGCUGCCCGGGUGACUCACGGUGCAGGCAGCUCAGGAACGCCCGCUCGCGGGAUGAGACUGCGGCUCGCCUGGCCACGUCCUGAGGCCUGCAGCCGCUGGUUUUCCUAUUUGGAAAACUCCUUAGACGCCUCCGCUUCCAACAAGCUGGUCUCCUCCCUGGCCCCCCAGCAGGCAGGGAAGCCUGCGGAGGAAGCGCCCUCUCUCUCCGUGCGGGGAUUCGCAGGCCUGAUCUAA